ACCACACAUAGGGGCAAAGCCUUUCUGAAUGAUGCAUUUCUGAUAGCAACAGAUAGUCGCUUCCUGCCGUGCACUUUAGGCUAUUCACUGGGAGGGGUUAGCACAGGCAGCUGGAAGGAAAGCAUGAAGCUGUAUUGCAGACACUGCAGCCUCCUGAUACUCAACUUACUCUGCAACACUGAGCUGAUUAUAUAUACAUACCUGAGCGGAAUUACAUCCCAUGCAUCCUCAUGGUGUGGUGCUGCUGCUUUGUGCAUCAUCAGAGGAAAAGGAAGCAGAGUUCCCAGGACCAGGAUGAUGCCAUCAGCGUGUGCAGCCUCGAUAAGAACAAUCAGGCUCCCUCCAGUGCUACAGCGGCCCCCAACUGUGAUGCCAAGGCUCAGCCCAUAGAUCGGAGCUUCAAGCGAAGGAAAAGUGCGCCGGAGCCCGUUGGAGUCGGGUAUAAGGAACCAAGCACUAAACGGGUUAAACCACUUUCAAGGGUCACAUCACUAGCAAAUCUCAUCCCUCCAGUACGGGCAACUCCUUUAAAGAGAUUCAGCCAGUCACUCCAGCGUUCUAUCAGCUUCCGGAGUGAAAGUCGUCCAGACCUAUUUACGCCGAGACCUUGGUCAAGAAAUGCCCCUCCUGCUAUCACAAAGCGCAGGGACAGCAAGCUGUGGAGCGAGACAUUCGAUGUUUGUGUUAAUCAAGUGCUCACUUCCAAGGAGCUCAAGCGCCAGGAGGCGAUUUUUGAAUUAUCUCAAGGAGAGGAAGACCUAAUAGAAGACUUGAAGCUGGCUAAAAAGGCAUAUCAUGACCCAAUGCUGAAACUCUCCAUAAUGACAGAAGCUGAGUUAAUGCAAAUCUUUGGCACCCUGGACUCUCUUAUUCCCCUCCAUGAAGAUCUCCUGCAACGCUUACGUGGAGUCAGGAAACCAGAUGGAUCUACUGAACACGUUGGGCACAUCUUAGUGGGUUGGCUGCCCAAUUUAAACUCCUAUGACAGCUAUUGCAGUAACCAGGUGGCAGCAAAAGCCCUUCUGGACUACAAGAAACAAGACCACAGAGUACAUGACUUCCUGCAGCGCUGCUUAGAGUCACCUUUUAGCCGGAAAUUAGACUUAUGGAACUUUUUGGACAUUCCCAGGAGUCGACUUGUGAAAUACCACUUGUUACUGAAAGAAAUUCUCAGGCAUACCCCUAAUGACCACCCCGACCAGCAACACCUGGAGGAAGCUAUUAAUAUGGUUCAGGGAAUCGUUGCUGAAAUUAAUGUAAAAACUGGGGAGUCGGAAUGUCACUAUUACAAGGAAAGGCUGAUUUAUCUUGACGAGUGUCAGAAGGAUCCGCUGAUUGAUAAUUCCCGAGCACUGAGCUGUCAUGGAGAGCUGAAGAACAACAGAGGGGCGAAAUUCCAUGUGUUCUUAUUUCAAGAAGUUCUUGUUAUUACCAGAGCCAUCACGCAGAAUGAAAAACUUUAUUAUCAAAUCUACCGCCAGCCAAUUCCUAUAAAGGAUCUCUUACUGGAGGAUUUACAGGAUGGGGAAGUUCGUGUUGCAGGGUCUCUACGUGGUGCUUUCAGUAACAAUGAAAGAAUAAAGAACUUUUUCCGCGUAAGCUACAAGAAUGGCUCUCAUCCACAGUCUCAUUCUCUUCAAGCAAAUGACACUUUCAACAAACAGCAGUGGGUGAAUUGCAUCCGACAGGCCAAAGUUUCAGUUCUCUGUUCUGGAGGGGGGAAUGGCAUGCUUCCUUCAGAAGGACAUUUAUUAUUAUCUGCAGAGGGAUGUGGUGAUGCUCAGCUGGCCACAAGAUUUGAACAAAUGGACCAGUCAGACAGUAUCUCAGACUGCAGUAUGGACACAAGUGAAGUCAGCAUGGACUGUGAACAGAUGGAACAUAGGGACUGUAGCAUACACAAACAGGUUGAGAGUGAUAUUUGACCAGUCCUGGACUGCCUGUUACCUGUACAGUAUUUGCAUUCCACAAAUGGAACAGUUGCUGAAGCACUUUUGUAUAAUUUCUUCAAAAGGGUGUCAUCCUGUCUUGCAUUACCUAUGGA